UCUCCUCUUCAUACCAGAUAAAAGAUUCACAAGUAAACAGAUUAUGAAAAUGGAUUUGCUUUCUCAUCUUUGGUUUAAAGGUGAAUGGUCAGUGAUGAAAUCUCACAACUUGUUAACUCGGGCAUCUCAAUCUCUGAUUUUCCCACUUCUGAUUUCUUCUCCUGGAUGGGUCAUUCAAGUGGUUAUGUCCUAGUCUGAAGCUCGUAUUUCCCACUUGGAAGCAUUAAGCUGUGAGGGGUGUGUUUAUGAUAAUGAUGCUUGCUGACUGUUAUAAAAGCCUCAAGUAAAGCAAUAUCCAAAGUGAGGAGAAGAAAUCAAAACUGUCAAAGUCAAAGUCAUGGCAUAAUCAACUCGCACAGACUUAAUAAAGUACAGAAGUGACCAGAAGAGAAGAAAAUGGCUUCCAUUUCCAUGACCGAGAGGCAAUCAGCAAGCGCAAUGAGUUCAGAAUAUAAACCCAGAUCCAAGCUUCUGCAUGCUGACAUUAUCAAAGAUUGUAAACAAACCAGUCCAGGACCUCCAACAAAGCAUCUUCUAAUGACAGAGAAAGAGAUUCUGCAUGACAGUGAAAAUAUCAGGCGAUGGACUUUUGGUAAAAAGGACCCGAGCAAAAUGAACCGAACGAUAUUGAUGAUGGGAGAAACAGGAGCAGGAAAAUCAACCCUCAUCAAUGUGAUGGUGAACUACAUCCUUUGUGUUGAUUGGGAGGAUAAAUACAGAUUUGAAAUCAUUGCUGAUGAGAGUCAAAGUCAAACUAGUUCACAAACAACUGCCAUCACUGUGUAUGAGAUCUUUGGUCACGAAGGUGAUCACAUUCCAUUUUCUCUAACCAUCAUCGACACUCCAGGAUUUGGUGACACAAGCGGAAUAGAGCAAGACAAACUCAUCACAAAAAAUCUACAGGAGCUGUUUCAAUCUCCAAAAGGAGUCCACCACAUUGAUGCAGUGUGCUUUGUUGUAAAAGCUGCACAAGUGCGCCUCACACCUACACAGCGGUACAUUUUUGAUUCUGUCCUCUCAAUUUUUGGAAAGGACAUAGAAAAUAACAUUGUGGCACUCAGUACUUUUGCAGAUAGUGGGGAGCCUUUAGUCCUUCAAGCACUGGUAAUGGCAGAAGUUCCAUGUGUCAGAAAUGAACUUGGUACACCUGUUUACUUCAAAUUCAACAAUGUGUUUGCUGGUUUACAAAUGGAUGAAGAUGAUGAAGAACAUAAUGAUGAAGAGGAUGAAGAGGAGGAGGAGGAGGAAAAUGAUGAGGUGUGUCAAUCAUCUUGGAAAAUGAGCAUGAAAAACAUGGCCAUGUUUUUUGAAUCACUAUGUACAAUGGAAGCAAAAAGCUUGGUAUUAACACGUCAAGUUUUAGAGAAACGCAAACAACUGGAAAUGGAAAUCCAGACAUUAACAAAGCAGCUACAAGUUGCAAUGCAGCAGGCAGAAGCACUGAGGAGGGUCAGCGACCAAUUAGAACAACAUGAAGAGGACAUGGAAGCCAACAGAAACUUCUCCAUUCUUUUAGAUGUAAGUGUGAAGGAGAAAUGUGCCGUAAACAAGAAGGCAACAAAUUGUAAUUCUUGCAGGGAAACUUGCCAUCACCCUUGCACAGAAUAUUUUGGGUGUACACGCAUGCAGCAAGACAGAUGCACCGUCUGUAUAAAGAAAUGCAGCUGGAACGAUCAUUGUAAAGAGAAGUUCAUUUAUGUCUUUAAAACAGAAGAAGGUGACUCAACGUACCUAGACCUAAAGAGAAAGUAUGAAGAAUUGGAAGGUCAAUCGCUGACAGCACAGAUGUUCCUCAUCAUCUUUUUGAAUGAACUUCACCUGCAACUCAUUGCCAGCUUAAUCUUAAUUCUUAAAAUAAACAGCAUUGUUCAAAAACUGGAUCAGAUCGCUCUGAGACCAAAUCCAAUGAGCGCAGCCAAAUACCUUGACCUCCUGAUUGAAAAAGCGCAAAGGAAUCACAACCCCGAGAGAGUCAAGACACUGACAGAUAUGAAAGAGCAAGAAAAGCUGAAGAAUAACUUUGCCAAUCUGGUUCAUGAAUAAGGGUGUAUCCUGUCAGUACCCACCACAGGAAGAGCUGAGAGUUAAGCCUGCAUAAUGAAUAAUUAUUAAGACAUGUUUAUAGUGCUAAUGUCAAACUAAAUGUACCAUUACAUAGUUGGGCCAUCCAUUCAUUGGAUCCUCUGCUCAACGUACAAUUUAUGUAUAGUUAAACAAAAUGAUUCAUUUUCAUUACUCUUGUAAGUUUUCUGUAAUGUGUGAAAUAUUUUUGUGUGAGAUAAUCCAUUGAUACUUUUAUUCUAUUGACGUAAUAUUUGUUCGAAAAAUCGACAUUCCGGUUUAGCAUGUGAAUGGAGAAGAAUCUCGUAGACAAGGCGUUAAUUUUGCCAAAUGUGUACUUUGCAUUCUACUUUCUUACAUAUCAGAUUUGAUUGGUGAGUUCGUAAAUGACCUUUCUGACGCAAAUGUCACACGACUUGAGGAGCAGAAGACCUGUAACUAAAGUUUCAACCGCGAUGGCAAACGUGAAUGGUAAUGGCGUCGACUCCAGUCGUUAAUGGUAAUGGCUCCGACUCCAGUCUGGAAGUAGUCUUACCAGGACUCAUAUCACAGGAACAACCCAUCUUUAUAAAGGACAGAUAUUCAUUUUUUAACAUUCGGACACUGUUUAACAUGAUUUAUUCUAAACAAUUCUCCAACUCCCCUGAGGUGGUAAUCUCCCUAGACGUCCAUUCGACAGAAUUGAAAGGGAGUACCUAUUUGCUGUUCUUAAAAAAAUUGGAUUUGGGGAAAAAUGUAGCUCAUGGAUCCGUUUCUUGUAUACAUUUCCCCAGGACAGUGUCUGUACCAAUGACACCCGUUCUGAUUAUUUUGCUCUGGAACGUGGGACACCCCAAGGUUGCCCACUGUCCCCUUUAUUAUUUGCCAUCUCCAUUGAGCCCCUUUCAGUAGCUUUACGGACAUCUUCCUCUUUCCAAGGUGUAACACGGGAAGGAGUUGAACGUAGGUUAUCAUUAUAUGCAGAUGAUUUGUUACUCUAUGUAAAUAACCCUGUAACCUGUUUGCCUUCUAUCCUUUAUAUUCUGGAGAACUUUGUCUCCUUCUCCGGUUACAACCUGAAUCUCCAGAAAAGUGAGUGCUUCCCAAUCAAUCCAGCAGCGCUGCAGCUCCAGCAGAUAGAUUUGCUCUUUCAGAUUAGCCGCUCUGGUUUCAAAUACCUUGGAUUGAAAUUCAUUAUAUGCUCUUUUGUUCUGCAAACUUUCCUCCCCUUCUUGCGCAAAUGAAAACUUUCAGAGACGGGGUAGCUUAACACUAUCACUUAUAGGAAGAAUUAAUGCUGUAAAAAUGAACAGUUUACCCAAAUUCUAUUUCAAUCUAUCCCAUUGUUUUUACCAAAGUGUUGUUGUUUUUUUAAAGUCAAUCAAUCAGGCGGUUACCACAUUUAUCUGGGGAGGAAAGGUACCCAGAGUCAAUAGAUCUUUACUUCAGAGAUUCAAGUUUAGUGGAGGGCUGGCACUACCCAGCGUUUUAUACUAUUACUGGGCAGCCAGCUUUCAGAAAUUGCCAUUCUGGUUACAUGCUCCAGAUACUUCAUGGUGCCACCUAAAGGCACAUUCUUGUAUUUUUGCUUCUCUUCGUUACUCUGCUUUUCUCUCCCAACAUCCCCCUCUCUCUAUACUCGCAAACCUGUAGUGCUUUACACACUUAAGAUUUGGUACCAGUUUCGACUGUAUUUUAAAUUCUCCUCUGCAUCUACUAUGGGUCCUAUUGACAGGAAUCACUUAUUCCCCGCUUCUCUAAUAGAUAAUGCUUUCUUUCACUGGACGAGGAAAGGUAAUAAAGUCCUUCCAAGACUUAUAUGUACAUUUAUUUUUUUCUAGUUUUCCUAACCUGGCCUCUAAAUACUUUUUGCCUCCAUCUCACUUUUUCUGUUACCUUCAAAUUAGGCAUUGUGUCUCCUCCCAAUUUUCUGGCUUUCCUGCUCCACCCCCUUGCUAACACUGGGAUGGUAUUUCUGUCUAUUACCUCGACAGCAGUAAUUUCUCAGAUCUAUCUGUGUAUUUUGUCAUUGGACAAACACUCCACCAACAAAACUAAAUCUGCUUGGCAAUGGGAAAUGGGUGUUGAAUUUACACAGGAGUGGUGGGACGAGGUAAUUGAUAGGGAACGCUCCAUUGCAUCUUGAGCUCAUCUUGGUCUCAUACAAUGUAAGGUUUUACAUAGAGUGCAUUUUUCCAAAUCCAGAUUGUCUGAAAUAUAUCCAAAUGUAAAUGAUGAGUGUGAUAGAUGUCAUGUCUCACCAUAUGACCUUAGUCACAUGUUCGUUCAAUGCUUUAAACUACAAAAGUAUUGGGAUUCAUUUUUUAAAACUUUAUCUGGGGUGCUUGAAAUGAACAUGCAGCAAUGUACCUUGAUAGCUGUUUUUGGUAUUCCAGGAGACUUGUUCUCCUUGGAUCCCAAACAUGGCGAUGUUGUUGCUUUUUACAUCUUUAUUAGCUCACCGUGGAAUUCUUCUCCAGUGGAAGUCUGCUCAGUCCCCCUCUACUUCUCAAUGGCUCAAAGAUGUAAUGUUCUUCCUAAAGCUUUAGAAAGUUUUCUCUUAGGGGAUCCAAUGAUACAUUGGAACCCCUAAGAGAAACUCACUGGUCUUCAUGAUGUUACUAAUACUGAAACCAUGAACGCUAAACCCACUGGUCUUCAUGAUGUUACUAAUACUGAAGCUAUGAACGCUAAACCCACUGGUCUUCAUGAUGUUACUAAUACUGAAGCUAUGUGUUCUAAACCCACUGGUCUUCAUGAUGUUACUAAUACUGAAACCAUGAACGCUAAACCCACUGGUCUUCAUGAUGUUACUAAUACUGAAACCAUGAACGCUAAACCCACUGGUCUUCAUGAUGUUACUAAUACUGAAGCUAUGUGUUCUAAACCCACUGGUCUUCAUCAUGUUACUAAUACUGAAACCAUGAACGCUAAACCCACUGGUCUUCAUGAUGUUACUAAUACUGAAGACGUGUUCUAAACCCACUGGUCUUCAUGAUGUUACUGAUACUGAAACCAUGAACGCUAAACCCACUGGUCUUCAUGAUGUUACUAAUACUGAAGACAUGUGUUCUAAACCCACUGGUCUUCAUGAUGUUACUGAUACUGAAGACAUGUGUUCUAAACCCAUUGGUCUUCAUGAUGUUACUAAUACUGAAGACAUGUGUUCUAAACCCACUGGUCUUCAUGAUGUUACUGAUAGUGAAGACAUGUGUUCUAAAUCCACUGGUCUUCAUGAUGUUACUAAUACUGAAGACAUUAUAGACCCAUUGAUCUUCAUGAUGUUACUAAUACUGAAGUCAUGUGUUCUAAACUCACUGGAACUCUCUGGGGACAGGUGAACAUCUGGCUACUGUGCUGCUCUAUUCUGGGAGUGUUGCAGUAACCCUGCCCAUGCAAAUAUUACGAAACCACAGUUCACAAUCUCCCAGCCUCAAACCCUAUGGGACUGGGGCAGCUGUGUGAGUCUGACUUGGGUUGACGAGGUCUGGGGAACCAGAAUUCACGCUGGACUUUGCAUAACGUUCAAGUUGGGGACUUCACUCUCAGGUCUUUAUAUAGCUAUGAAUUUAAAUCAAAGCUUUAAAAAACUCAAAACCUAUUCUGAAUUUUGUUCAACAUGUCCUUCAAAAUAAUGCAUUUUCUACAGCUCGAUACCCUUAGUGGUCCCAGUAUGUUAACAAUGAUUUAACAUUUUUGCAGAAUAUAUUGAGAGAUAUGUACAUUAUCAUAGUCCGUAGACAGUCUAACAAAUUACAUUAUUGUAUUGUCGUGUCAUAUUUCAAAGAAUUUGUUAUUAGAAUAUGGGAGACUCCGUCAGAGCUGUUCCUCUUUAGCUGAGGGAGGUUUUUGUACGACGCUCUAACACUGUGUGAACGGAGAGCUGUUACCCUGCUGACAGUAGUAAUCUCCUGCAUCUUCAGCCUGGACUCCACUGAUGGUCAGAGUGUAAUGAGUAUAAGGACUACCAGAUCCACUCCCACUGAAACGACCUGGAAUCCCAGACUGACGGGUUGUUGCAUAAUAAACCAGGAGUUUAGGAGCUUCUCCAGGUUUCUGCAGGUACCAGUGUAGAUAAUUACCAGUACUUGAACUGGCUGUACAGCUGAUAGAGACAACCUCUCCUGGACUAACAGACUGAGAUUUAGGAGACUGAGUCAGAAUUAUAUCUGCUGAUGAUUCUGAAAAAUAAAACAAAAUUCAAGAAAGGCUGAUUUGUAAGAUUAUCACAACAACAAUGAUAUUGUAAAGCAUAGCAUAUCAAGCUAAAUGUUAAAAUGUGUUUUUAAAUUCUAUCAUGUUAAAUUAACAAAUGAAGUGUAAAUCUGAAUCCAAAUCCAUAAUGAAUAAAAGUUGGUGAAAGUGUCUCUCACCCUGAACAAGGAG